AAGUUUAAUAUCGAAACUGUGUUUUGGUCACGUGACUACAGGUCAAAAGUUGCGCGGGUAACAAGAUGGCGGCCAGCAUGACGGACGCUUCGGUGCAAUGUCCACUUUGUUCCAAACAGUUUACCACCGCCACGAUUAACGGACACCUGGACGCGUGUCUGCUGACGGGCUCCGGCUCCACAACACACGACAGCGAACCUCCGGGAAAGAAAAGUCGCAUCGAGACUGACAACAAGUCCGCGGCCACCUCUUCCUCCUCCACCUCCUCAUCUUCAUCUUCCCCGUCAGCGCGGUUUCCUCUGUUUCACACCAACAAGAGCAAAGCGUCCGCUCAGAAUGAACGCAACGGGUUUUUCACGAGUAAACAAAGUCCCACCGGUGUUGUCAACCAGGGGGUGAAGCGUUCACUGACCGACGCUGAGCGCGGAGAGGAGAGUGGCAGGACAGCUCGGGAUUCAGCGCCCCAGACUUUGUUCAAAACAGGCAAACCUCUGGCGGAUCAGCUGAGACCCAACACGCUGGACGAGUACUUCGGUCAGAAUAAAGUCGUGGGCCAGCAAACGCUCCUGCGCUCGCUGCUCGACUCCCAGGAAAUCCCGUCCAUCAUCCUGUGGGGACCGCCGGGCUGUGGAAAGACCACUCUCGCCCACAUAAUUGCCAGCACCAGUAAAAAGAAGGGAACGGCCCGUUUUGUGCCUCUGUCUGCCACCAGCGCCUCCACCAACGACGUCCGAGAGGUGAUCAAGCAGGCGCAGAAUGAGCUCCGGCUGUGCAAGAGGAAGACCAUCCUGUUCAUCGACGAAAUCCACCGCUUCAACAAAUCCCAGCAGGACACCUUCCUCCCCCAUGUGGAGUGCGGGACGGUGACUCUGAUCGGAGCCACCACUGAGAACCCGUCCUUCCAGGUGAACGCUGCCCUGCUGAGCAGGUGCAGGGUGCUGGUUCUGGAGAAGCUGUCCGUGGAAGCAAUGGGCUCGAUCCUGGACCGGGCUGUGGCCACGCUUGGGAUCAGAGUCCUGGGACGAGAUCCAGCGAAUCCCAAAGAUGAAGGCUCAACAGAUGGAAACGAGACAAAGAUUUACAUCGAACAGAAAGCCAUGGACACGAUAGCCCACCUCUGUGAUGGUGACGCAAGAACGGGACUGAACAGUCUGCAGCUGGCUGUUCAGGCUCAGGUGAGCUUGGUCCGAUCGAACGGUUCUCCUCAAGAGAUAGUGGUGACGGAGGAUCACGUCAAGGAGGGUCUCCAGAGGUCCCAUAUCCUCUAUGAUAGAGCCGGUGAGGAGCACUACAACUGCAUCUCGGCGUUACAUAAGUCUAUGAGAGGCUCCCAUGAGAAUGCCUCCCUGUACUGGCUGGGCCGCAUGCUGGAGGGCGGCGAGGAUCCGCUCUAUGUGGCUCGCAGGCUGAUCCGCUUCGCCAGCGAGGAUGUGGGAUUGGCCGAUCCCGCCGCCCUCUCUCAGGCUGUGUCCGCCUUCCAAGCCUGCCACUUCAUUGGAAUGCCCGAGUGUGAGGUGAUUCUGGCUCAGUGCGUGGUCUACUUGGCACGAGCGCCCAAGUCUGUGGAGAUCUACCAGGCCUACAGUAACGUGAAGGCCUGCAUGAGGAACCACAAAGGCCCCCUACCGUCCGUCCCCUUGCACCUCCGCAACGCCCCCACCAAGCUGAUGAAGCAGCUGGGCUACGCUAAAGGCUACAAAUACAACCCGGCCUUCAGCGCCCCCGUAGAGCAGGAGUACUUACCUGAGGAGCUGCGGGACGUUAACUUCUUCACACGGAAGCGCUCAGACUCAUGAAUGUCUUUGUGUUAAGUUGCUCUGCUUAAAGCCCUUAAACCCACGCUGCUUAAAGAAAACAGGGCUUAGAAAUGACCGGUAGACGGAGAAUGCACACUUAACAGUUUUCAUAAACUGAUCGUUAUUAUCACCACAUUCAUUUAUAUUUCUGCGUUUUCAUAAACAAACAUUAUUAUUAUCUUCACAUUCAUUUGCAUUUAGAGUCCAUCAGUCAGUCAUCGUGUUCUGUUCAAAUUAAAUGACAACUUUACAUUUCAGUUCUGUUCACAAAUAUUUGUAAUAGAGUCCUAAAUCCAUUCAAAUACAGUAAGUAAAUAGUAAUUUAAAACUUUAUUAUGUUAAAUCUCCCAAUGUUAACACUGACCUUUGUCCCAUCUUUGAAAAUUUUGCACAAACUGAUUAAAAUAUUUGUUUCUUUAUUUGACAAAUACUUUAUUUUUCUUACAGCCUUG